CUUAGGACAUACCUAUGGGGCCUGAAGGGGCCUUUUGUAGCACCGGAACAGUUGCCGGAGAGUUCAACCGCAAGCUUAAGAGAUGCCGCCGAAAGCGAAAAGUGGUUCUGGAAAAGGAGGGAAAGGAGGUGCAGCCUCUGGGAGUGACAGUGCUGACAAGAAGUCUCAGGGUCCUAAAGGUGGUGGCAAUGCAGUAAAGGUCAGACACAUUCUAUGUGAAAAACAUGGGAAAAUCAUGGAAGCCAUGGAAAAGUUAAAGUCUGGGAUGAGAUUCAGUGAAGUGGCCACACAAUAUAGUGAAGAUAAAGCCAGACAAGGGGGUGACUUGGGUUGGAUGACCAGAGGAUCCAUGGUGGGGCCAUUUCAAGAAGCAGCAUUUGCCUUGCCUGUCAGUGGGAUGGAUAAGCCUGUGUUUACAGACCCACCAGUUAAGACAAAAUUUGGAUAUCAUAUUAUUAUGGUUGAAGGGAGAAAAUAAAAUCACAUGAAAAACU